UAAGUAAUAAGUAGGAUCAUACAGGAAUUUACUAUAAAUAUACUGUUACAACAAUGAGCUGGUGUUGCUUAUUGUCAAGUUAUUCAUUCUUUGGCUUGGCAUUGCUGUGCCUGUAUCUUUUCAUUAAAUCCUACCGAUUUAAACAGAAAUUAGCGAGUUUUAAAGACAGAUAUGUACUAAUAACUGGGUGCGACUCAGGAUUCGGACACAAACUAGCAAAACGUUUGGACGUGCUGGGUUUUAAAGUCUUUGCAGCGUGUUUCACACAGAAUGGAAUGGAAGAAUUAUCAUCUACCUGCACUAAGAACGUCAAUCCAAUUCGAAUGGACGUAACGAACGAUGACAGUAUAAAAAGGGCGGUGGAAGAAGUCACGAAACUCUUACCUGACAAAAAGGGCCUAUGGGCAGUGGUUAACAACGCGGGAGUAUUGGGAACCACAUCGGGUCCAACGUUCUGGGCGACACGGGCCGACUACGACAACGUUCUAGCCGUCAAUCUGUACGGGGUGGUACUGGUCACCAACGCCUUCAUGCCGCUCAUUAUGAAGGAGAAGGGAAGGGUAGUGAAUACGUCCAGCAUCGCCGGGAGGUUCGCUUUCGGGAACGCGCCUUACGCGGUGUCCAAACAUGGCGUCGAGGCGUUCUCGGAUAAUUUGAGGAGGGACGUAUACAAGACGGGAGUAACAGUCCACAUGUUGGAGCCUGGCUUCCACAAGACUCCCCUCUUAAGCGUUGAGGCUCAGAAGAAGAGAACCGAGCAGAAACUGAAAACACUGCCAGAGGUCUGGAAGAAAGACUUGCCAUCAGACAUUGCGGACAUAAUGGCCAAGCGUUUCUCGGGCUUUGUGGACAAGGUAGGCAGCAGCAACCUUGACCUCGUUGUUGAUGCCUAUGAACACGCCGUCACUGCAAAGUACCCCAAAUACAGAUAUGUGGUAGGCUGGGACGCCAAUUACAUCUUCCGCCCUCUUUGGAUGGCGCCGGAAUGGUUCAGCGACUUCAUUUUGUCCAGGCUUUAAACAACAAUCAAUAUAUAACGCUAUAUAUCAAUUAACUUAUCGUAUUUGACGCGAUACUGGAACAAUCAUUGUUCUAAUCCUUUUAAAUUGACGAAGUCGGCAAAUACGAGUUCCUGCCGCUUUGAUUGGCUACAAAACCAAAUCGGGGAUUCGAGGAAUGGACACUUUUCAUUGGUUGUCGAAAUUCGCCCUAAUACAAGAAUGCCAAAAUUCUUAAAAUCGUCAGCCAUUUUAUUUUUGUUUUACAGACUGUUUUUAAAAAAUGUGUUCCUCGUUUGAAAUAAUUUGGAAGUACACGCCUAUUAAAUACUUUUACCACUUAGAACAUUUUGUUAUUGCAGUUUGGUUUAAUUAAAGCUGCACAGAUUGACCGUUUUGGCAAUUCUUUUUAAUUUUUUUUGUAUUGGAAUGAUCCAAAGUUUGCGUAAAUGUCUUGAAAAAAAUAAUACAAGACUGCUGACAAAAUAUCAGACAGUAGUUUUUCAUACUUAGGUUCGAAAAUUGAUAUUUUAAGUCUUAAAAGCGUAACUAACGCUUAAAGACAAAUGUAAUUUUGGCAGUUUUCCAACCAAUUGAGAUCUCUUAUAUUGUAAGUUAUCUUUAAAACAUGACUGUAUUGAAGGUAUUGAUACCAAAAUCAGCUGAU